UUCUUCCUCUUCUUCUCCCUUCUCUCCUCUCCUCUCCUCUUCUCUUCUUCUCUUCCUCUACUCCUGUCUCUCUGUCUUUUUUUUUCCCUCCUAGCCUCCGACUUGGUCUCCACUCUCUCCGUCAUCGCAAACCGAUCGGCCCCUUUCUGAAAGUCUCGCCCUGUCCAUCCUUGCUACUCCAUACAGGACUGCGGCGCCCUGUACUCCAAACGGUUUCGAAAAAUUGUUUUUAUCCCUUCGCUAUCGCCACCUGUAUAUUCUUAAAUUUUUUCCCCCUUUCUUGAAUCGUUUGCGAUUCGAUUGUUUCCAUCGAAAGAAUGGACUCCGCCGACAACUACGGCGUCUCUGCGGCGUCCGAUCCCACCACCACUACUACUACUACCACUACCAAUAAUACUACUUCGACGACCCCUGUUGUGUUGCAAUCAUCACCGGCUGGUGAGAGUGCGCUGCCGGUUGACAAUGAGGAUACCCCCGCCGUCAACCUGACGACAACAACGACGACGACGGACAAGAAGGAAGAGGAGAGUGGCAACAGUGUUUCUGAAGGAUCGAACCCAACGCAGACAACACAACAACAACAAGAAGAAGAAGGAAAAGAAAAAAAAACAGAAGAGCCGACAGAGCCGACAGAGACAGAACCAACUCAAGGAACCUCAGAGGUUGAUGUGUUGUCGGACGAGCACAAGCCUACCCCGGCCUCGGCCUCUGCUGGUCCUGCUGCGACCGACGCGCCGUCCGAAGCCGUCAAGGAGGUGGAAGAUGCCGGCCCGUCGCUUACCAUCACACUGCUCCUCAUCACGGGGACGAGGCACCAGUUGAAGAUUGAUGGGAAGUACCUGCGGAAACGGGCCGUCAGUGUGCCGGACCACGACCCGUUCGCGAUGAGCGUGUAUACGUUGAAGGAGUUGAUCUGGAGGGAUUGGCGGUCAGAUUGGGAACCUCGUCCCUCAUCGCCAAGCUCGAUCCGAUUGAUUUCGUUCGGGAAGCUGUUGGAUGAUAAUGCGCCGUUGUCUGACUCCAAGUUUAGCCAUGAUGCGCCAAACGUGAUUCAUAUGACGGUUAAGCCUCAGGAGGUCGUGGACGAAGAAGACGCCAAGGGAGGCAAGAACCAGCUCGGCCGCGAGAGAGAAGCCUCGGAGCGCAGCCCUGGCUGUCGCUGCAUCAUUCUAUAGUUGCCAGCCCGUCUGUCUUGCCCACUUUUUGCUUUUCCAUCAUUCACACUAUCUGUUUCGGUAGCCAUGCUGGGGCGUUUGGACUUUUCUUUCCUAUCAUUCCUCUAUCAUUCCUCUGGGACAGGUUUAUGG